AUGGCAGACGAGAGAGCCGGGGCCGAGAUCGUGUGUGGGGAUGAAGAUUGUGGUCGCUAUUCCUUUGAUCUCCUUGAAGAGCUCGGUUUCCCAAAAGGCAUUCUCCCACUCAAAGAUUUGGUGGAGUGUGGGAGAGUUCGUCAGACUGGUUAUGUUUGGCUGAAGCAAAAGGCUCCGUGUGAACACUUUUUUAAAGAGGCUAAUGCAACUGUCAGCUAUGCAACUGAGAUAACUGCAUAUAUUGAAAAAUGUAAGAUGACGAAAGUGACUGGGAUUAAAAGCAAAAAAAUGAUGAUGUGGGUGCCUGUUGUUGAGUUGAGUAUGGAAAAUGAAAAAAGCUCCAAGAUUUACUUCAAGACCUCGAUUGGAGUUGGAAAGUCGUAUCCAGUUACUGCGUUUGUGACUGACGAAGAAAAGAAGAAGUACCUUGAGCCGUCAAAGUGA